AUGGUAGGUGGUCAGAUUCGUUAUUCUAUACCAGAGGAGACGAAGAAAGGCUCUGUUAUCGGUAAUGUAGCGCAAGAUCUCGGCUUGGAUCUGAAGAGGCUCCGUUCUGGGCGGGCCCGUAUCGUGACCGGAGAAAACAUCCACUACACCGAGCUGAAGACAGACAAAGGGAUUCUAGUCGUGAAUGAGAGAAUAGACCGAGAGCAGCUUUGUGGAGACGUAACACCGUGCAGCUUCAGCUUUGAGGUGAUUUUAGAAAACCCAAUCGAACUGCACAGAGUAACAGUUGAGGUCAAUGUGACUGUGAAAAUACUGAUCCAGGACCAGAACGACAACCCUCCUCAGGUUCUGUACCCAGUCCAGACUGGUGGCUCUCUGGUGGCUGAAAUGGUGCCUCGUUCAGCAGAUGUGAGCUAUCUGGUCACUAAAGUGGUGGCUGUUGAUGUGGACUCUGGACAGAAUGCCUGGCUCUCCUAUAAACUGCAGAAAGCCACAGACAGGGCGCUGUUUGAAGUGGGCUUACAGAAUGGAGAAAUAAGAACUAUCCGCCAAGUGACUGAUAAAGAUGCUGUGAAACAAAGACUGACUGUUAUAGUGGAGGACAACGGGCAGCCCUCUCGUUCAGCUACAGUCAUUGUUAACGUGGCGGUGGCGGACAGCUUCCCUGAAGUGCUGUCUGAGUUCACUGACUUUACACACGACAAGGAGUACAAUGAUAACCUGACUUUUUACCUAGUGCUGGCUCUGGCUGUAGUCUCCUUCCUCUUCAUCACGUGUUUAGUGGUUAUUAUAUCAGUGAAAAUCUACAGGUGGAGACAGACUCGCAUCAUGUUUCACUCCAACCUCCCUGUGAUUCCAUAUUAUCCACCACGUUACUCGGACACUUUGGGGACAGGGACUCUCCAACAUGUGUACAAUUACGAGGUGUGCAGGACGACUGACUCCAGAAAGAGUGACUGUAAGUUCGGCACAGUCGGUAGUCAGAAUGUGCUGAUAAUGGACCCCAGUGCUACAGGGACAAUGCAUCGGAUACAGAGUGAAAAGAGCAUCCUGGAUGAACCAGACUCUCCUCUAGAGGUGAGUCAAAAAUGA